AUGGAGGUUUUGGCGUGGAAUUGUCGUGGUUUGAAUAACCCGGCGGUAGUACAGGCGUUGAAGCUUUUGAUUCAACAAAGGAAGCCUUCUUUUAUCUUCCUGUCAGAGACCAAGAUUGAUGAUUGGGAAUACAUGAAUUCCUUACGUCUGCAAAUUGGGUACUUGAAUUGUGAGGCUGUUUUCAGUGAGGGUCAGUCCGGUGGAGUUGCUCUCUUCUGGGCUGAUGGUUUAGAUGUUUGCUUCCUGUCAAAAUCCAGGAGCCAUGUUGAUGUGGAGGUCAGAGAGACUGAUGGGUCUGGUGUGGUAUGGAGGCUGACAGGUUUGUACGGUAAUCCAGUGACGGCGGACCGCCAUUUGACUUGGGCACUGCUACGAUCUCUGUGGGCCGAGUCGGCGCUGCCUUGGGUGGUUGUCGGAGAUAUGAAUGAGUUGUUGCAUGCUUAUGAGAAGGAAGGCGGCGUGGUGCGCCUGGAAAGGCAGAUGCAGCCUUUUAGGGAUGCAUUGUCUCAGUGUGACCUCUUUGAUUUGGGCUUUCAUGGCUCGCCAUUCACAUGGCGUGGGCCAGGGAUGAGGAGUAGGCUGGACCGGGCGGUUGCAUCCGUCACCUGGUCAGACAUUUUUCAGGCGGCACGAGUUUUACAUCUGCCUCUUGUCCAUGGUGAUCAUGUCCCUAUCUUGGUGGGUGUGUUUGCUGGAAUUCCACCUACUAUGGGGCGGCGGAGACACCGCUUUCGCUUUGAGAGUUUUUGGACCCUUCAUGAGGGUUGCCGGAAUGUGGUUAAGGCAGGUUGGGAGCCUGAGGUGAAUGGUUUGCGUAUGCAGCAGGAGGAAUGUUCUGCUCUUACUGCAAAGUUGGAAGGUUUAUUGGCAGAAGAGGAUGUGUACUGGAAGCAGCGUUCCAAAGUGACUUGGUUAGCAGAUGGCGACAGGAACACUAAGUUUUUUCACAGGAAAGCUUCCAACCGCAGAGCUAAAAACAGAUUGACAGGAUUAUUUGAUUAUAAUGGUGUCUGGCAUGAUACAUCUCAAGGGAUGGAAGAUGUGGUGUUGCACUAUUUUUCCAGUAUGUUUAAAUCUAAUGAUAUUAAUUCUAUUCAUAUGCGAAAUGUUGUUGGGCUUCUGCAGCCUAAGGUGACUGCGGAUAUGAAUUUCGACUUGUGUGCUCCUUAUUCUGCUUUGGAAAUUAGGGCUGCUUUGUUUCAAAUGUAUCCGACGAAAGCCCCAGGACCUGAUGUAAAAGAUCCAGUGUCGGUUACUGAUUUACGGCCUAUUGCUUUGUGUAAUGUGAUCUAUAAGAUUUGUUCAAAAGUGAUUGCUAACAGGUUGAAGAAGAUUUUAUCAAAGAUUAUAUCUCCAUGUCAGAGUGCUUUUAUCCCUGGGAGAUUAAUUAUAGAUAAUACUCUUGUGGCAAAUGAGGUAUCACAUUUUAUUCAUAAUUGUUACUCUAGCACUGAGGGGGUCUUCUCUUUGAAGCUUGACAUGAGUAAGGCUUAUGAUCGCAUGGAGUGGAAUUUUCUGGAAGCUGUUCUCCUGAGAUUGGGCUUUGCAAAGUCGUGGGUGGGAGUGAUUAUGAAGUGUGUGACUACUGUGAAGUAUGCCUUUCUGAUAAACGGUCAGCCUAGGGGCCAUUUGACUCCUACUAGGGGGCUUCGACAAGGUGAUCCUUUAUCACCUUACUUGUUUCUUCUGUGCACGGAAGUUUUUUCAACUUUGCUUGAGCGUAAAGUCGGGUAUGGUGAGUUGCAGGGUAUUAAAGUCUGUGAGGGUGCUCCUACUAUUCAUCACUUAUUAUUUGCGGACGAUAGUUUGUUGUUUGGAAAAGCUACUUUGCAUGAGUGUCUUCAUAUCCAGAAUGUUCUGCAUGAUUACGAGUUAGCUUCUGGUCAGCAGAUUAAUUUUUCUAAGAGCAGUAUUGUUUUUAGUAAGAGAGUUCCAGAGGUGGACAAGUGUGCUAUGGCAGGUUUCUUGGGUGUCUCUAUUGACGCUAAGCAUGAGACAUAUUUGGGACUGCCUACUUAUUUGGGGAGGAAUAGGACUGAGCCUUUUGCUUAUAUCAAGGAGAAAUUGAGUAAAAAGUUAGCUGGUUGGCAGGGAAAACUACUGAGUAGUGCUGGUAAGGACCUACUUAUAAGGGUGGUGGCACAGGCUUUGCCAUCCUAUGCUAUGAGCUGUUUUUUGCUUCCAAAGGGGUUUUGUGAUGAUUUACAUCAGAUGUGUGCUCGAUUCUGGUGGGGGAGUAAGUCCAAUGAACGUAAAAUUCAUUGGAAGUCUUGGGAACGUCUUUGUCGUUCCAAAGAGGAGGGUGGUAUGGGGUUUCGUGAUCUGCACGCCCAUAACCUAGCUCUACUUGCUAAACAGGGUUGGAGGUUACUUCGCAAUCCAGGCACCUUAGUCAGUCGUUUGUUUAAGGCUAUAUACUUUCCUGACUCUUCUUUUUUGGAGGCUCCAGCCCCAAAUCAUGCUUCUGCUUGUUGGAGAGGUAUUUUUGCUGCUAGUUCGGUGUUGAGAGGAGGGAUCCGUUGGUAG